CGCACUUGCAGCCAUGGCGCCUCGCGGGGAAGCCGCUCUAGUGCUGCUGCUCCUCGUCCUGCCGCUGGCGAGCGCGGGGCUGAGCGGCUACUUCGGCACCAAGUCCCGCUACGAGGAGGUGAACCCGCACCUGGUGAGCGACCCGCUGUCGCUGGGUCCCGGGGCGGGAGGAUCGCUGCCCGCCUCCUGCACUCCGCUGCAGCUCCGCGCCGUGCUCCGCCACGGCACCCGCUACCCCACGGCCGGGCAGAUCCGCCGGCUGGGCGAGCUGCACGCCCGGCUGCUCCGCCGGGCCGCGGGAGCCGCCGCCUGCCCCACCGCCGCCGCCCUGGCCGAAUGGCCCAUGUGGUACGAGGAGAGCCUGGACGGGCGGCUGGCGCCGCAGGGCCGGCGCGACAUGGAGCAGCUGGCGCGGCGCAUGGCCGCCCGCUUCCCCGCGCUGUUCGCCGCCCGCCGCCGCCUGGCGCUGGCCAGCAGCUCCAAGCACCGCUGCCUGCAGAGCGGGGCCGCCUUCCGCCGCGGGCUCGGGCCCACCCUCGACUUCGGCGGCGACGAGGUGGAGGUUGAAGUUAACGACUCCCUGAUGCGCUUCUUUGAUCACUGCGCCAAGUUUGUGGUGCUGGUGGAGGAGAAUGACACGGCCAUGGGCCAGGUGAACGCCUUCAAAGAGGGGCCUGAGAUGAAGAAGGUCCUGGAGAAGGUGGCCAGUGCCUUGUGUUUGCCAGUGGAGGAGCUAAAUGCAGAUCUUGUUCAAGUGGCUUUUCUCACCUGCUCCUAUGAGCUGGCCAUAAAAAAUGUGACCUCCCCAUGGUGUUCACUCUUCAGUGAAGAAGAUGCCAAGGUGCUGGAAUACCUGAAUGACCUGAAGCAGUACUGGAAGAGAGGAUAUGGCUACGACAUCAACAGUCGCUCCAGCUGCAUUUUAUUCCAGGAUAUCUUCCAGCACUUGGACAAAGCAGUGGAGGAGAGCAAAAGCUCCAAACCCAUUUCCUCACCUUUGAUCGUCCAGGUGGGUCACGCAGAGACCCUGCAGCCCCUGCUUGCCCUGAUGGGUUACUUCAAGGACAAGGAGCCUCUCCUGGCCACCAACUUCGCGCGGCAGGAGCGGCGCAAGUUCCGCAGCGGCCGCAUCGUGCCCUACGCCGCCAACCUGGUGUUCGUGCUCUACCACUGCGACCAUGCCAACGCCUCCCAGCACGAGUACCAGGUGCAGCUGCUGCUCAAUGAGAGGCUGCUGCCCUUCCUGCACUCCAACGAGACCACCUCCACCUACACUGACCUCAAGGAUUACUACAAGGACAUCCUGGAGAACUGCCACUUCAAGGAGGAGUGUGAACUGCCCCAGCACAACGUCACUGCCGUGGAUGAGCUGUGAGGGAAUGAAGUGUUCUGCAGAUUGCUCUGGGUUCAGUUCCACAGCUGUUGGGGACAAGCACUUUGGAUGAUUUGCUGCUGCUGUGUUGACUUUCUAACCUUGCAGAUCUGGGGGGUUGUCUCAGCUCGGUGCGCUGGUUCUCUGUUGCAUAAGCACAACUGCUGUCACAGGGAAGUGGUAACAACUGUGUGAUGCAAGACACAAAUACCUGUGUGUUUAUGUGUGCAAAUUAGCUGAUUUCAUUGGUCACUGCUCUUGUGAAUGGGCCACAGAUGCAUUUAAGAGCUGGGGCAGCUUCUAUUUUAUUGAAUCUGAAGGUGGUUGGACUGAUUCAGUGUUGCUUUCUGCUGCCUGUUUUUCUAGCUGCUGUUUUCCUGUGCCAUGCAUGAAAUAUUUCAAACCUUUUUUUGAUCCUUUUCUCAAGCUUCUAGAAGGGAGAGGGUACAUAGUUCUUCUCCACAGCUGAACAACUUCUGCCUGGACAGCACCAUUUUGGGCAUUUUAAAGCAGGAGGAGUUCCUGCAUGCAUCACCUGCUUGAAAAGGGACAAGGAAUUAAAAGUCUUAAGGUCAUCAUCAACCCAUCCUGCAUAGCAAGUUAGUCUCCAGGGUAAGUAAAUUAUCUUUACAAAGAAGUAGGGA